AUGGCAGCACUCAUCAUUGUGGACUUGCAAAAUGACUUUCUUCCUGGAGGCUCUCUUGCUGUAGUCGACGGAAAUGACAUCAUACCCAUUGUUCAGAAACUCGCUGACUCUGGCAAGUACAAAUUUGUGGUGGCCACCAAAGACAGUCAUCCCCAAGACCACACAUCGUUCGCCGCCAACCAUGGAGCUGAGCCGUUCACCUCAAUCACAUUCAAGCACCCUAACUCAGACAAACAGGUAGACCAUACCGUGUGGCCUGUUCAUUGUGUGGAGGGUACUUCUGGGGCAGAUUACCCUCCUUCAUUCGACUCGUCCAAUGUGCAGGCUCUUGUUCGAAAGGGAUACUUGCAGGACAGAGAGUAUUAUUCUGGAUUUGAGGACGUUUGGGGCAUCCACAAGACAGAGCUUCAUGACCUGUUGCAGCAAAAUGGCGUUACGGAGGUUGACGUGGUGGGACUUGCAUUUGAUUAUUGUGUGUUCAAUACAGCUAAAGACGCUGCCAAACGCGGCUAUAAAACCACAGUCAUUAGGGAAGCCACCAAACCUGUGGAUCCUUCUUCUGAAAAAAAGAUUGUUGCUAGUCUUGAAGAGGCUGGGGUUCAUGUCGUCUGA